GUGCGGUUCGGGACGGCCCGGUGUUUGUCAGUCUGCGGACUUUAUGGACGGUUUAUUCGGUGAAUGCGCUCUCGUCCUUGCCUCAUCCGCAGCUUUGUGAAGAAGGCAGUCGCGUCCUGUGGCGUGGCUUCAGUCAGCUCUACAUCCCGGUACAUCCCGGUCCAUCCCGGUACAGCGCGCCUCCAUCGACCGCAGUGGAAACAUGGGCUCCCGCGGCUGAGGCUUUCUCCCGUGCGCACAGAGAGAUAUAUUUGACCAACCAAUGAAGUGGGCAUGAGACUGCGUGGAGGGCGGGACUUACACCGUGUUUCAUCGCCCUCAUUAGCCCAUGACCCUCCUCCAGUGUCCUGGCUGCCAGGCGUCCUUACUAAAGGGGUACGGCUGCGGCUGCGGCUCGGUCGUCAUGGAAACAAAGGGCGGGACUGUUGGCACCUGGUGGAUCUAGAUGCAGAGAUGAGGCCGACUGGACGGAGACUAAGAAGCCAGGGUCCUGUCACAUGUUCUCCAGGUCAGAUGAAUUUGGUUGCAGUCGGCACGGAUAUGCAGACCCCUGCUUUAAGCCCACAGUUCAUCUCUAGCACUCAGGGUAAGGUCCCGGGCAGGAAGAGAGGACGACCGCCCAUCCGCAAACUGGACUUUGAGAGCUGCUAUGUGGAGACAUUGACCCCCAUCAAGAUUCCCAAGAAGAGAGGCAGGAAACCAGGCUUUAAGCUGAAGCCCAGGAUGUUGCUGUCCCCACUGGCUAACUCUCCUCCGAACAGCACCCCCGAGCCGGAGAUAGGCUCCCUCCCACAAGAUGCUGCGCUGGUGCCACACUCAGCCACUCCACAGGUCCUCACAGCAGAGACAACUACUCCAGAUGAGUAUCUGUGUGACCCAGUCGAGCCUAAGCGCUACGCCCAUGACCCCAGUGACUCCGCCUUUACCCGCAUGUCGCCUCAGUACCACCUCAAACGCACCUUUGGUUUCCGUAGCAGCAGCUGUCCCACUCCUGUCCCCGUGUGCAGACAGGCCUCAAGUCCAAGAUGUUUUCAGGAAAACAACAGGAAUGGGUACAGCUCAGUGCAAGAAGCUGGAGAGAGUAAGAGGCCAUCUGAUAAGGAUCCUUCGAGCUGGGGGGUAGAGGAGGUGGUGUGGUUCAUCCAAGACGCAGAUCCACAAGCACUGGGCCCUCAUGCAGAGACCUUCAGGAAACAUGAAAUCGAUGGAGAUGCUCUACUCCUACUCAAAAGUGAAAUGAUGAUGAAGUACCUUGGGCUGAAGCUGGGGCCGGCUCUUAAGCUCUGCUACCACAUCGAUAAACUCAAACAGAAUCGUUCCUGAUUUAUGGGAGAGGUCAGACCUGCAACUGUAGCUGGUGCCAGAUAUAGACUUUACAGGGUGCAAAGCUCUUUUAUCUGGCAACAAAUGGAACUUAUGCGUACAGUAAAAAAAAAUGUGUCAAAGUGUGUCUAUAGCAUUGUCUUCAACAUAUCAUACAGCUAUGAAUGGAGAGGUCCGAUAUUUGAGCUACGUUGAACAAAUCUGUGCUACCAACAGACAACAUAUCAAUACCUCAGAGCAACAAUAUCAAGAAAAACAAAAUGGUGCUUUAAGUUAUUGUCAUAUUUGUCAAUUUUAGGUGUUGUAAAUACUUUUUUCAGUUGUUUUAAUACUUUUCUAUUAUAAUGUUAUAAUGUUUUUGAACUCUUUUACAUCUUUUGGAUUUGCAGCUGAAGUGAUUUUGUCACCACUCAAUAUAUAAAACUACAUUAAGGACACACAAUAGCAUUAAAAUGUACUGAAUAAUCUAGCCUGUUUUUGUGAUUGCUUUGUCAUUGUCAAAAUGAAUCACCACAAACCACUGCUUAGACCUUCUCACAGCUGUGCAUUCUGGCAGGAAGACAGCUCAAGACUAUUGCAACAGAAUAAGCAUUUAGAUUUUUUCUGAAUUAGUUUUUUGUCAAAACGAGUGCAAAAAAAUAAAUACAUUUAAAAAAAUCAUUCAAACCAGCACAAUGUCAAUCAAAUAUAUACAAAAUAUUGUUAUUACAUAGGCCUGUGCAUUCUGGCGCCACGUGCUACAGAUACAUGAUACAUGUUUUUGUAUGAUUUGAGCCAUUAAAAUAUGUGAUGUAU